AUGGAUCUCCAGGAGACACAGCGUCUUCUGACCGAAUACCUACAUGAACUGUCGAACCUUUUCCACCGUGUUCCCGGCUCAGCGAUCUUCCUUCGUUACGUUAAAUCAAGCUAUCAAGAUGAUCCAAUUCGAUCUGCGGUCGAGCUGUUCCUGUUCCUCUUCGUUGUCCGCUACCUGCUCGCCCCUAAGUACUCCACCAAGCCUGGUGUGGUGCCCUUGACCGAAGAUGAAAUCGACGACCUGGUGGAUGAGUGGACGCCCGAGCCGUUGGUCGGUAGCACAACUGCCUUGGAGGAGAUGGAAGUUGAUAAGCGCACCGUAAUUGUCGGCCCUGUCGGUCCCAAAUCCAAGCUUACGAACGGUCGUACUGUCACCAAUCUCAGCUCCUACAAUUUCUACAACUUUAACACAAACGAAUCACUCAAGGAUCAGGCUAUUCAGACCCUUCGCAACUACGGUGUUGGGCCAUGUGGCCCGCGUGGUUUCUACGGUACCCAGGAUGUUCACUUGAAGACUGAGGCUGAUAUCGCAUCCCACCUGGGCACAGCAGCCUGUAUCAUGUACUCGCAGGCGUUUUCGACCAUCUCCAGUGUUAUUCCAGCUUUCUCAAAGCGCGGUGACAUUAUCGUUGCCGACAAAGGUGUCAGUUUUGCUAUUCGAAAGGGUAUCCAGAUUUCUCGCAGCAGGACGCUGUGGUAUGAGCAUAACGACAUGGAGGAUCUGGAGCGUGUACUUGCCAAGAUUACCAAGGAACAAGCCCGGAAGCCGCUGACUCGCCGAUUCAUCAUCACCGAGGGAAUUUCUGAAACAUUCGGUGAUAUGACAGACUUGCCCAAGAUCAUCGAGCUGAGACUCAAGUACAAGUUCCGUCUAAUUCUGGAUGAGACAUGGUCUUUUGGUGUUUUGGGUCGUACCGGUCGCGGUAUCACCGAGCACCAGAACGUGGAUGCUGCUGAAGUUGACAUGAUCAUUGGCUCACUGGCUGGUCCUCUAGUAGGUGGUGGUGGCUUCUGUGCAGGAUCUGAAGAGAUUGUGCACCAUCAGCGUAUCUCGGCGUCUGCGUAUACUUUCUCUGCUGCCCUCCCAGCUCUCCUUUCGACUACCGCUAGUGCGACUAUCAACAUUCUCCAGAAUAGCCCCGAUAUCAUUUCUCAGCUUCGAGACCUCACCAAGGCUAUGCGCGCUCAGCUUGAUCCUCGCAGCGAUUAUGUCUACUGCCCUAGCGCUGUUGAGAAUCCUAUUCUUAUCCUAGUAUUGAAGCCUGAGUUUGUGGCUUCUAAGAAGCUCACUUAUACUGACCAGCAAUUCUUGUUGCAGGAUGUUGUUGAUGAGUGCCUUGCCAAUGGAGUCCUUAUUUCCCGCCUCAAGACGCUCCAGGACAACUUCGAGCCUAAGCAAGUCCUCCCUGCCGGACUAAAAGUGUGUGUGACCACCGGUCUCACUAAGAAAGAAAUUGAAAAGGCCGGUACAAUCAUCCGACAUGCCAUCACCAAGGUUAUGGGCAAGAAAAAGUAA